AGUCAUGCGGCGUUUGUUGUGCUUGAAAGGCGUCGGCGUAACGUCGGGGUGACAGGCGUCUCUGAAAAACUACCGCAUCACAAUAUAGUUCAUUCCCGGUAAUUUCAUUCAUAUGGUUCACCGUUAAAUUUCAGUUUAAUGGAAAGGUUUUUUUUAUAGUGGUACCUAUAAUUGAUGCGUCGUAGUUUCGUGGAAAACGUGAGAUUCUAUUAUUGUGAUUUCGUGAUGUCGUUGAAACAAAUGUUACCGUUUUUAUUUUGAAUAUAAAAAUCGAACGGAAACAAUUACAACGUUUAUUGAAGCGGGAAGAAACUAUUAUGAAUUGAUUUUGAACGUUUACUAAUGUACUUAACAAUAGUGAUUGAUAUGAUUAAGCUAAACAUUUGCUUAUGCUUUGGAGAAUAUAAUGUCAACAGCCGACAUAUAUAAAGGACAAAAUUUAUAAAAAAUUGAAAAUUUAUAACGAUAAGUUAUGUGCUCCUGACACGAACUACUUACCUUUUCAUGAAAUAGCAAUAUUUACGGAGAAUGGAAUUGAUCAUUCACAGAAUUGUGUACAUCGGUGGUGUUGUGAUAAUUUGAAUUAAAAUGUGCUCAAGAUGCAGUCGCUGUUGCAGAAAAAAUUUGGAUGAUGAUGAAGACAUAUCUUCGACCAGUAUAUGUUCAGAAGAAGAAUGGAAUUCUGAUGGAAAGUCAGGAAGAAUAUUGUCUGGAAGUGAAGGUGGUCGUAGCGAUAAUGAAAGUGGAGAGGUGAGAGGACGAAGUAGGAAUACAAGAAGGGACGAUCCUCGAAGGCAUACCUUGGGAGGUGAUCAGCAAUAUUUGGCGAUGUCUGGCCAAGGCGGGCCUUUAUCAAGGACGAUGGAUCUUGAGAUGAGUUCAACAAGGGCUAGAAAGGGACAGCCGAGAGGAUAUCCACCUCCUACGAAUUCCAUGCUGUUCGACGAUGAUCCUGGGAUCAUGUCAGAAGUAGAAACUAGUUCGACUGGUUUUCGUAGAGGCGGGAAACAAAGGAGCUCGCUUCCAGUUGUUAGAACCCCAAGUAAAACUUUAGAAAGACCACUAGGUUUAGUAUUCCUCCAAUAUCGAAACGAAACCAAAAGAGCUCUGUUACCGAACGAAAUAACAUCAAUUGAUACGGUCAAAGCGUUAUUUGUCAGAUCUUUUCCGAAACAGCUCACUAUGGAAUAUUUGGAUUCACCGAAUGUCAAAAUAUACAUCCACGAUUCUUCCAAAGAUAUGUUCUACGAACUAGAAGACCUUAGAUCACACCUUCGCGAAAUUCGAGAUAGAUCGGUAUUACGACUAUUUGAGUCUGCUGAUGUUACCGGCGGACUUCCGAUGGCUGGUAUUGGAAUCGCCGGUGGAGUUGGACAUUUUGAGGAUCCCAGUUAUUUUUCAGAACCAGAGUUCGACUCGGAGUACCAGCAUCAACACAUCCAUAAAAGCAAGGGCAGUGCAGGUAAAGCACCAUAUUAUAUGGGAUCAACAGCAAGUCUUCAACGAGGUGCUACAUUUCUUAGAACAUAUUCUCCAGCUGUAGCAAGUUUAUCAGCUGAUAGGAUGAAACCUCUUCCGACUGGUGCGCCCCCAAAGCCACAACGAGCUUACAGAAAUGGGGCGACGCCUCCAGGGUCUAAUGAUGGCCCUCCAGAUCGAUUCGUUCCAUUCCAAAGGCCCGUCAACCCCAUAUAUAAUAUACCAGAUGGAUACAUGUCUUCCCCUGAGAGAAGUUCGCGAUAUGAAGACCCAUAUUAUAGCCAAUAUGGAACAAGAUCAGGAUCAAUUACUCCGGUAAUUGAUGAAGAAAUUAGUGAUACGGAAUUGCUGGAUGAAUCAUACUCUUUAUAUGGGGUUAAAAUUCCUGGAAGCGGAUCAAGAAUAUCCAACAGAUCACCUUUUCCAGCGCCAGCCUCAGUCCCUCCUUAUGACGCAACACGAUUACGAGUGGAAAAUAUGGAACGCCAACUAGCAAACCUCACAGGAUUAGUCCAAAAGGCACUAACUCAACCCAACACUUCCCAUCUACAAGUACCAGGCAGAGAAGGAUACAGAGGAGAUGAGUUCGAUAAGAACUCCAGUUCCAGUUCAACAUCAUUACCAGAUGACUCUUACAUCAGGUCUGAUAGUAAAGCCCCUAAAUUGGGUAAAAGUGGUUGUCAUAAAUCGGUGUCAUUUGAGAAAUCUGUUUCGUUCAGUGAUGAGCCCCCAGAUAUGAAUUCACCGAAACAACAUAGUCCGCAGCAUUCAGCGGAUACUAAACCAGCAAAACCUGCUAUAAAAUCAUCAACUUUACCAAGGACUUCAUCACAGGAACGAGAUCGUCUUAAACCAGCUCCACCAGGUAAAUCGACAUCGUUAUCUCCAAGUUAUGAUAGCAGGAUUUAUAGAGACUUACAACUAACACCAGAGAUGUACAAUCAACUUAGAGGGCUACAGAAAAAAGCUAAGGAUUUGAGAGCCGAGGUCCGAAAUUUGAGAAGGAUGUCUCAAGCUCAAGCACAUUCAGUAAAAGAAACAAUACGAGACACUUUCAUCAAAAUUCGAGCUAUGCUUAUGGCUGGUGGAGAACAGGUUUGGCAAGCAGGCAUGGAUCAAGAACGCGUUAGAUUAACUCGAGAAGAGGAUCUUUAUAAACAAGAAAUGUUAAGAUUAGAAACAGAUUUGGGUGAUCUUGAAUCUACAGUGGAAGAGCUCAGAGGAAACGUAAUAAAUAGAAAAACAAGAGUGAAUAUGUCAGAUGUGGAAAAUAUGGCCUUAAUAUUAAGUAAAAGCUCCAAAACAGUUGCUGAUCUCAAAUUAAGGUUUCCUGGUUUACAAGAUAGCAUGAAAGCUUUCUUAACGACGGAAAUGGAAAAAGUUAUGAGAGAGGAGACAUUUUUAAAAGAAGAACCCGAACGUUUAGAGAGCGCUCUUCGAAGAUGCAAGAAGCUAACGGGUACUCUUGUUACACUCAAAAGGUUAGCUAGUGUACAAGAACAAAGGCUUCCUGCUUCUAAUUCAAACGACGGUCGUCUUUCUCCCACCCCUACCGAAACACCACCAAUAACUCCUUCGUCAACGCACAGCAAGCCCCCUACCGCACCACGUUUGGGGCAGAUCCUCGUCGGGGGAGACAGCAGUGCCUCCGACAGUAGCCAACGUCCGGAGAACGCACUCGACGCUCUGUUAGAUGAGCUUCAAACAUUCUCCAAACCACAUCCCAUUGCUCAAAACCAAGAUACCAAUGCUUCUGAACCCCCCGCUAUUCCCGUUAAAGGCGUAAGGCCACCACAAAUAUCAGAAAUUGGAAGAAAAGGUAGCAUGGAUUCAGCAAAUUUUCUUCCCGCUCAAAAUCUUUCCGUAAGCACCGCCACUGGAAGUCUUAGAAGAUUACACUCAUAUCCCAGUGGAUCAGAUACUGAUAACAGUCCUCCUAUUCAACCCCUUCAAAGAGAAAAUAAAACUGCCGCAAAGCCUCCUCUACCGGAACGUAAUCAAGAAUUGUUGCAACAAGUAGCCGGCAAGAGAGUACCUCCUCCUCCACCACCCAGAACUAGCUCGAAAUCACCUCUGGCUUCUCCUACAUCACCUAAUUUACCUCCUAAAUCACCUGCUGUAGGACUUCAACAUAUCCAGAAUGUACAAAAUAUGGUAGAGAAACCAUUGUCUCAGUUUGAACAGGCGACUCAAAAUUUAGGACUUCAAACUUUACGUAGGAAUAUUCCAAAUAGAUCAAGUAUUAAAGAUCCCUCAAAAUCUCAAACUCUGCCAAGAAACAUCGGUUCUAAUCUCAUACAAGUUCCUUCUGAUGCAGAUAUGGUUUCGGCAAGUAAUAGUAGUAGUUGCGAAAGUGUUAAUUCUCAAGAUGGCUCUAAAAAAACAAGAAAAGAAGAAUUGGAACAACGGCAUCAAGAAUUACUAAAAAAGCAGAAAGCGUUACAAGAACAAUACGCAAGGUUACAACAGCUACAAAGGGGAAAUAACACGCUAGCUGUAGUUCCACCAGCCCCUGAACAGUUGUUGAAGAAAACAGGUAGUGAAUCCAAUUUACUCCAGAAAAUGGGAUUACAGCUUACCACUUCACAAAUCACAGGAUCUCUAACCAAUUUACCAAAUACAACCAAAACGCUAUUGGUUAAUACCAAUUCUAAUCCAGUCAACAGUUUACCAAAUAACGUAGAAGAACAAAACAAUAAAAAUACGACAAAUACUCAUUCGAAUACCGUUUUCGAAACCGACAUACUGUGACCUACUGAUAUAAGAUUGCUCUGUGCAUGUUGAGAAUGUCACACAUUUAACCUCUCCCCAUAUCACGGAAUUACGGAUUGUUAUCUUUUUUUAUUAUUAAAUGUUAGGUGUUUCAAACUAAUUUAUUUAUUUUUUAAAUUAAUGAGUGUUGUUCAAAGAUCCUACUAACGUUGUCUCUUAUUUAAUAGUUGUUAACUUGCUUGAUAUUUUGCUCAGUAAAACUUACGGGUCAUUGUUUCAUUCACCAGAUAAAAUGUACCGAAAAUAUUAAAUCUCAAUUCUAAUUAGAAAAAGCAUGCCCUGUAGGCCCAUAGCUUAAAAGUGAUUCUCUUCUUCUCUUUCAUAUUUUUGCUUUUGUUUUCCGGUGCUGAAUUUAUCUCUCUCUAUCUGUCAGGUAUUCUAAAAUCUGUCUAUUCUAUCUUGUCCUUGGUCUUUUUUUUCUUGUUAUUUCUUGUUCUAGGUCAUUUUUUUGUUGCUCUGAAAUCUGGCAUUCUUUAUAUGUGACCCAGUCACUUUGUUCUUUUGGAUCCUAUUAUUUUUCUAAGUUCUGUUCCUCCAAAUAAACUCUGUUUUCGUUAUUUGUUCUUCUCGGUCAUAAUUAUUCUCCCUUUCACCCCCUAGUAUCCUCCUUUCCUUUCCCAUAUAUCUAGUCAGUUGUUCGCUAGUAUCAAAGAAGCGAAUUUGGACGCUUUAAAAACCAUUGUGACCUGCGCACUGAGUAUCCCUCCUUCUGGCGCCUAAGUCGAGAGGGUAUUUUCUCAAAUGAAACUCAAAUAGACGAAGUUCAGGAAUCACUGCAACGUGUAUCUGAUGAUUUUUUAUCUAAUUCUAAACAAGAUAAAGGCUAGAUUAAUGCUGCACGUAGCAAAAAUAAUAUCAUUGAAAAAAGUAGUGAUUGAUUGAUGGAAACUGAAGGAAAUACUGCACGUCAUCCAGUUUACUUUUCGUUCAGUUGUUAAUUUUUUGUAAUUAUAAUAUCGUUCUGUGUGGAAUUGUAAAUAGCAUUCGAAAAUAAAAUUUAUGGUUUGCUAUUGUAACUCUUCUUUCGUCUCAACUUCUUUUUUGGCAACCUUGAUUACAAGGCCCAACUUCUUCUUUAUAUCACUCAAUAAUUAAAAAGAGACAACGUUCGAUGACUACACAGAAAUAAUCUUAAUGUGGAAUAUUGACAAAUAAAAGUGAUUGUUAAUAAAAUUAGGAAAUGUACGGCACUUUCGCUACGAUCACACUAUUUAUUAUUACGAGAAGAUUGUCCUUAGCAACAAAAACUUUUUCCAAACAUGCAAAAUAAUAAGAUCAAAAGGUUAGAAAAAUUCCGAUAACAAUUGAGUUGCUUUGGACUAAACUAAACGUAAUUUGUUGAUAAUAUGGAGAUCAUUAAGAACUAUUCAAUCCAUAAAUUGUACAAUGUACUUAUUUGAAUUUUUAUUUAUUUAUUAUUUGAAAUGGCAAAGCUUGUAUGAUAUAUUUAUGUAUGAUUUAUAAGAACCCAGCAAAAUAUAUGUUCAUAAUACAACAAUAUUGGUCACAAAUACAUUUGUUUUUAUUGAAUUAUAUUUGUACGGCUCCGUAUAAUUAUUAUUAAGUGAACUACUAACACUUUUCUUGAUUGAAAAAUAAAAAUUUUACUCCUAA